AAUUUUACUAGUUAUACAAAUGGAUAGACAGAGGAACUCAAGAGUCCUAGAGGAGCGCAAAACUCCUUCAUUGAUGAGAUAUGGGACUUCUCCACAGAAGCAGUGCAUCUUCAGGAGCCCCUCUCGGAGCUCUCAACGAGGAAGUCUUCAGAAAAAAGGACAUAAAUUUAAGAAAAAUGUUAGAAAAUACGCUAAAAUUUCGAAAAAAGGACAGAAUAGCUCAGGAGUGCAAGCUCAUCCAGUGAGGUUUGGGUUCAGUGACCAGAAAAUUCAUCGUUUCUGUUCAAAUAAGAAAAUUCCAGAGAAGGUGUUGGGGCUGGCUUCCUUGAACCCAGAAGAUAGCAAGCAAAAUACGUCAACAGCCAAUUACAUGAAUUUCACUGCCAAAUCUGGAAGAGGUGACCCCGAUAUAUGGGAUAUUCACGAAGAAGAUCUCUCUGAAAUUACUAUCCAGGAAGAGCCCCUCCUCAAGAUUAACGAUAUUAGGUCCUUCGAAAGUCGGUUUAAUUUCUCGGAAAAAUAAAGGGCAUAAGCUUCAUCCGGAUGACUUCAACCUGCUUAAAGGAUACAACGGCUCUGUGGGAUACAAGAGCCUCAGAGAGGUAUCUCCAUCAAAGAGGCAUAUUUGCCAAGUAGCUAGUAAAGAUUUUUGAAACAGAAGGAAUAAAUCACCUAGUCCUUCAGAGCAAUCUCCGGUAAAAUAUGGAGUCGGAAACAUCAAAGGCAACAUGAGCUGUGGCCUAUCGACCAAAAAGAGCAGCACAAUGAAGUUGAGACACCUCCUCAGUAAUGAUGACAUGAUACUCUCUAAGUACAAUAAUGUAAGAAAGAUAGAAGAGCAUGAGGAGAUCAAGGAAGAGCAAGAAUUAUCAGAUUCCAAGAAGCGCUCAGAUGAGUCCAAACAGAAGGAUUCUAUGAAUUCUUCUGGAUUACAAAAGAACCCAUUUCUCAAGAGUAAUACGAGUUCACCUUCUUAUCUUGAUAAUGAGACUCCUGACUUUCUUCGAACCUUUUGUAUAAAUAAUAAGAAAGACAUGAGUCAGCCAAGAAAGAAAGCCUGCAUCUUUAAUUUCAAAACUUUGCCUGACAAGCGAAGGAGGAUGCAGUCAGCUCAUAUUUUCUCUAUAAAACCCUAAGCAUAUUAAAUGUUUGAAACCAUA